GCCUUGACUUUGCCUCGCUCUCUUUCCCGUUUCUCUCAUCGUUUUUUAAUAGACCGUAAAAUCGCUGUAGUCAAAGCCCCUCUCGCACCUGUUCAUUCUACUAUUCAUUGUAUUCUUUAGACAUCCCGCUCUUCUCUUGUAUUAUCUUACCAAAACGGCUUUUUUUUAUUUUUUUCGAAAUGUGGGCCUGGCGCGACGUUGUAUGGUACGGCUUCAUCGCCAGCACGCUGCUGAUGAUGCUGCCAUUUGCUAUUCCCCUCACACUGACAGUAUAUGGGAUUGUCUGGCUAUACACAUGGACACACGACCCGCGAGCACGGCGGAACCUGCUGCAGGUGCUCCCGUGGCACCCGCGGCGAGUAUAUCGGUGCAGCCGGGCGCUAUGGUCUGGUAUGCUGGACGGGCUGGGCGGACCGACUGUAGCUAUCAUCAUUGCAUACUUGGCAGCAAAGCUCACACGGACCGAGCGUGUGCAGGACACAGCAGUGCGUGAUAUCAAGUACGGCCCGCAGGCGCGGCACCGGCUAGACUUGUUUGUGCCAAUUGCCACGCAGCAGCAGCAGCAGAGCUCGCAGGGCGACAAGCAGGAGGCCGACAAGUUCCCUGUCCUGGUGAUUUUCCCCGGCUACCGGUGGUCAAAGACAAAGCGCGCGCGCCUGUACCGGCCCAUGGCCCAGACGCUGUGCGGCGACGGCAUGUUUGUGGUGCUGCCCAAGGUUGGUAGCACCGGGGCAAGCUUGGAGGAGAUCAUGGGCGACUUCCACCAGUGCGUGCAGUGGGUGUUUGAAAAUGCAGUCAACUUUGGCGGCGACCCGAACCGCGUGCAUCUGCUCGGCUACGGUGCUGGCGCCCACCUGUGCACCAUGUACAGCCUGGUGGUGCCGCUGAAGACGUGGUAUGCGCAGGCCGACCGGAUGGCCAGCGAUGCUCAGCUGCUAGGCUCGCGGGCCUCGGACCAGGCGCUACGCAACUGGCUUCGGACCAUACGUCGCAUCCCGCGCCCAGUGGCGGGCCUGAUUCUGGUCUCGGGCGUCUUUGACAUCGCAGCCCAGCGGCGGUACGAGAAGGAGCGGUGCAUUGAGAAUCUAUCGGCUGCCUGGAAGACCUUUGGCGGGCGGCGGGAGCUCGAAGAGGCGUGGUCACCGGCGGCCAUUGUCCGGAGUCUGCGGCGCCGCACCAUGUUUAUCCCGCCUGAGCUGUUUGCGCGCAACGUGCUGCUGAUCCACGGAAAGCGCGACUCGACCUUUAUCCUGCAGCAGAGCCAGCGGCUGUUCCGCGAGCUGUGUAGCAUCGACGUUCCCGACGUCAACAUGAAGAUUUAUGCCAAUUUGCGCCGCGUCGACCCCUCUAUUGCGCUGCUGGCGCCGUCGUCGGCCCUGGCUCUGUCGCUCCUGGAGGAUAUCCGCGCGUCGGUGACCCCGCAUGACUCAAUGAGCGAUACCGACGAGGGCAUUGCCGACCAGGGCAUUGCCGACCAGAGCAUUGCCGACCAGAGCAUCCCAGUCGCAGACACUGUGAGACUCAGUGCAGGACCGGAAGCGCAGAGUGGAGACAUGCAGCAGUUUCACAUGGAUCGGAGCAGCCAUCGAGGCGAUCCCUCAGAAAGCGAGCAGCUGGACAGUACCAGCCAUGACCUUGCUACCAGCUUGCCCAAAACCGCAAAGGUCUAUGACGACUAUUUUACACAGAGCCGCAGGCCAGCUGAUCUGGUUGCUAGCACAACGGCAGUCCAGCGCAGCAUGCCGUUACCAAGCAUCGUCUGAAAAUGCCGAUUGAUCCACGACGCAGGACAAAAAUUUUUAGCCUAUUGUGGUGGUACAUGGACGAAAAAAUGGCAAUCUUGUUUACGCUUGGUGCCUUCUUGGAAUGGAAACCGGCAAUUUUCAUAUGAAAGCCGUGCCCGUGAUGUACCAAGCACAGGGAAAUGGCCCCAGUCUAUGCCAAUAGUCAGUCAAUUGAAAGCAUUUAGACAUUAGCAUCCCUGUUAGUACAUAUUGCUAGUUUUGGAGAUUAAACGUGGCCACGG